AUGUCGUCUGCUUUUGCUGCUGGUAAAGAAAAUAUUGAAAACAUGGAUAAAUUUGGUUUGAAGAGUCCACGUAAAAUUCUUGCCGAGAAUGUUAAUAAUGUACGUAAAAUGUCCAUUGGUACUGAUGAACCCGUACCCAACAAGGAAGCAACAACAAAUACCACUACUACAAGCAAUGUUGCUGGCACGUCUUUGGCCAACCGACCUGCUGUUCCCUUUGAUCCGUCUAUUGAACCCCUGCUAAAGGAAAAUCCCAAACGUUUUGUUAUAUUCCCAAUACAAUAUUUGGAUAUUUGGCAGAUGUACAAAAAGGCUGAAGCUUCAUUUUGGACCGUGGAAGAAGUUGACCUCUCCAAAGAUUUAACAGAUUGGGAAAAACUAACAGACAAUGAACGCUUUUUCAUUUCCCAUGUUCUGGCCUUUUUCGCCGCCUCCGAUGGCAUU